GCAGCAAAAGGAAAAGUAGUUGGAAAUUCGCCGCUCGCUGUUGCAUUUGCCGGCAUUCGUUGUAAUCAGUCUCUGAGCGGCUUCCGACGAGUGCAGGUGCAGCUGUGGGUGCCUGUGUUGUUUUGGUUUAUACUGGUUGGCAUUCCAAAUUGCAACGCGCUACGAGAACAAUUUGUCGACAUUUAAAUUAAGCUUUAAAUUGUGCACUUGCAAGAUGCCGAAAGGCGUGGAUAAGGUCAAAGUGAAUGUAAAGGAGCGCGUUGACGAUGACAGCUGCGAUCUGAGUUUGUCGGAGCUAAGCGAAAUACCAGUGCGUGACAUUGCUUCGUUCAAGCGCAUUACCACUUUGGAUUUGUCCAGCAAUCGUCUCGUGACGCUCGGCCACAACUUUACCACACUCACACGGCUUGCUAAGCUCGAUCUGAGCAAGAAUCAAAUACGCUUUCUGCCCGAGGACUUUGGGCAGCUGGAACAUUUGCGUCAUUUGGACUUGUACGACAAUCGUUUGGAGCAUUUGCCAAUAAGUUUUGGACGUUUGCGACGAUUACGAUAUUUAGACUUGAAAGGAAAUCCGUUAGCGCCCGCCUGGGAGAAAAUAGUAGGACGCUGCUCCACGCUCAAGGAUUGCCACCAGGCAGCAAAGAAUACAGUCAGUGUUUGUGCAAACCUCAAACCCGAAUUCAUUGAACGCGAACGCUUAGCCCACGAACGUCAACAGAACGCAGCACAAAUGGCAGGAGGCGGCGAUGGGAGCAAUUCCUCAGCGUCCCAGUCAACCCAGGCAAAUGGUGCAGCGGCGAAAAAGGGGGCUGGCAAGCAGAGCAAAAAAUCUAAAUCAAAGAAAUCCAACAACAGUACAGAUAAUGAGCUCACAAUCAAACCAGUAUUAACAUCCACUAAGCCGACCACCCAGAAAUCGAAUCAGAAACGCAAGACCCACAAUGUGAAUUGGUUCGGGAAACUCAAUGGGGCUGCAAUGUUCUCACUGGUGGCCUUCCUACUGUUGUUCAUCGUAAACGUGCUGCUCAUCUAUAUGAUUAUGUUUAAGAAUCCUGAUAUCGCGGAGAAACUCGUAGAGUUCAUACCCCCACAAUACCGCGAUUGGAUACUUACCAAGACGGAAAUCUUUCGACUACGAGUCACCGAUUGGAUCUCUGAGUUUCGCACGCCGCCCGAGGAGCACUGACGAUUCAUUUAUUUGAAGCCAUAGAGCGCUGGGCUUCAAAUAAAUAAAAACACUAACAACAAAAUAACCAACAAAAUCGGAUUGAAAGCGCGUGUGUGAAAAGAGAUGAUAAUAAGAGAGAAAGUUUUCGGAAAUGUGUACACCUCAACAAGUUAUACGAGUGCGACUUUGAUUUAUACUGCCAUAUAUAUAUUUUGUUAGACACUAAGCAUUUACGUCCAUAUAUUGGUGUAGCAAGGAUUCAACAAUUUUUUACCACACACACACACACAAACAGAGUCAACAAUCACACACCUGCUGAACAACAACAAUAACAACUACUACUAGUACUACAAUUGUCAAUACUAUGAAGAAGUCAACUACACUCAAUCAAUCAAUCACUAAUUCUAUCAAAACUCGACUACAAUAGGCUCAAAACUCAACUCAAUAGUAACUGAAAUGCAGUUCAAAACUGCAUCGGCUAAUAUAUGUAUAGAAACUAUAGACACAGUCACACACCAAACCUCACACACACACUCGCACAUAUACACACAUACACAGUUAAGCCCAGGGUCUUAUUAGAAUGUUUGAAAAAAGUCAAUCGAUCAAUCGAAAACAUUCUGUAAGCAUUUCUUGUGCAAUCUUGAUUCUGUUUCAAAUACAAUUUAUUUGUUUUGCAAAGGUUAUAAUAUUUAUACGAAUAGGUAAAUUAUUUUGACAACGUUUGGGGUCAACUGCGUUUAUUUAUGAUUCUAUGCAGACAGAUUUGAAAUCUCAUGUGUAUAAGUUUAGAAACAGUAACAGAAUAAGUUUAAGAAAGUCUUCACCAAUUUAUUUAUUGCUGUACAUUUGAAUACAAAAUGUGGUUUCACAUAAUUUUAGCACAUAUAUAUAUAGCAACACCAAUUGCAUUAAAAAUUACUUGUAUAUGUAAUUUUUAAAAUGUAUAAACAAAUACCAUAUUUGAACAUUUUUGGAAUAAAGUUUUACAAUAUAAUGAAA